AUGGCAGAUUCAAGUUCCUCCACCACUCUAGUCAUACACACACCUAUUUCUGUCAAUGCCACCACACUUCUAGUAGUUGUGAAUGCAUCCUCUCAGCUCUUUCUCAAACUCAAGCCGAUAAACUUCUCAUUUUGGCGUGCUCAGUUUGUUUCAUUGGUCAUUGGCUAUGAUCUAAUGGGCUACAUUGAUGGAAUGAUUAAGCGUCCGACCACUGUCUCUUUCUCUCAAGGUGAUGCUCCGGUAGCCGCCUACUCCCAUUGGCUCUGCCAAGAUAAGCUGAUUCUUCAUGCCAUCUUCUCCUCCGUCUCUGAGACUGUUAUUCCACUUAUUGCAACAUGUGAAACAUCUCAUGAGGCGUGGAUUACUCUUACUCGGUUAUAUGCAAACAAAACCCGCUCCCGUGUGACGCAACUCAAGGAGUCUCUAUCCUUGGCUCAACGUGGAUCUUCCUCUGUGACUGAGUUCCUACAAUCAGUCAAGAGUUUUGUUGAUGAGCUUGCUACUAUUGACACUCCAUUAUCUCCUGAUGAUCUAACACUUUAUAUUUUCAAUGGAUUAGGCCCUAAAUUCCGAGAUAUUGUGGCACCUAUCUGUGCCAAGGAGAAACCUUUUUUCCUUUGA